UAUAUAUCUGCAAAAAAAGUCCAUAUUUCUCUAUCUCUGUGCCCAGUCUCCAGAUAUUUUUCCGGCGAUCAAACACCAUGUCGACGGUUGCAAUGGAGCCUAUCCUCCGCCACUCUCACAGGAAAACCGCCAAAAUUCGCAUUAAUUCCGGGAAAAUCCCUCCAUCUUCUUUGAAUUACACUUUGAGGCCACUCUCCAAUGGCAAGAGCUUCUGCAACUUCAGACCUCAUAAGCCUCCUCUCGCUAUCACUCUCAGAGCUAGCUCCGUCAGCGACACGGCCGUCGUUGAAACCUCUAAAUCCGCAGAUGUGUUUUACGAAGAAACAUUUCCUGUAAAACGAACUGAAAAGGUAGAGGGAAAGAUAUCAAUCGGUUUAGAGAGUUUGAAAGAUAAGGAGGAUUGGCGGCUUACAGUGGGAUGUAAUCUUCCAGGGAAGUGGAUUCUUCACUGGGGGGUUCAUUAUGUUGGUGAAGUUGGCAGUGAAUGGGAUCAACCUCCUAUUGAGAUGAGACCCCCAGGUUCUAUAUCCAUCAAGGACUAUGCAAUUGAGACUCCCUUGGAAAAAUCAUCCACAUCAUUGGAAGGAGAUACAUUUCACAAAGUGAAGAUUGACUUCAAUACUAAGAGUUCAAUUGCAGCUAUAAAUUUUGUCCUAAAGGAUGAGGAAACUGGAGCUUGGUAUCAGCACAGAGGGAGAGACUUCAAAGUGCCCCUUAUUGAUUACCCGCGUGAUGAUGACAAUAUGGUAGGAGCUAAAAAGGGCUUUGGCAUAUGGCCAGGGGCAUUGGGACCGCUAUCCAACAUGCUCCUCAAAUCAGAAGUACCUCAUUCUACAGGUGAAGACAGCAGUAGUUACUCAAGAGAACCUAAUCAACAAAAUAGGUGCCUUGAACGGUUCUAUGAAGAGUGUUCCAUUGUGAAAGAAGCUCUUGUAGAUAACUUGCUAAGUGUUUCCGUUAGGAGAUGUCAACAAACAUCCAAGAAUCUUGUGUAUAUAGAAACCAAUGUACCGGGAGAUGUGGUUGUUCACUGGGGAGUUUGCAAAGAUGAAAGUAAAAAGUGGGAAAUUCCUGCUGAGCCAUAUCCAGCUGGGACCACAGUAUUCAAGAAAAAGGCUUUGCGGACAUUGUUGCAGCGGAAAGAUGGUGGACAUGGCAGUUGGGGAUUAUUUACCUUGGAUGAAGAACUUGUUGGAUUUCUUUUUGUGCUGAAGCUAAAUGAAAACACAUGGUUAAAUAGUAUGGGAAAUGACUUCUACAUACCCCUUUCAAAUUCAAGCUUUUUGCACACUCAACUUAGACAAAUUCAGUCUGAAGGACAGGGACAAAAGGGUAUUUCCAAAGGAGAGGAAUCUGGUACACCAAUAUCUGGAGAGGGUGGAGAAGGAAAUCAAGCAGUUUCUAUUUAUACUGAGGAAAUCAUCAAUGAAAUAAGGAAUUUGGUUAGCGACAUUUCCUCUGAAACUAGUCGACACACACAGAGCAAAGAAGCACAAGAGAGCAUUCUUCAAGAAAUUGAGAAGCUGGCUGCAGAAGCCUAUAGUAUAUUCAGAAGCUCUAUUCCGACUUUUUCAGAGGAGGCUAUAUUAGAAGCUGAGGUGUUAAAACCCCCUGUAAUUAUAUCUUCAGGGACAGGCUCUGGUUUUGAAAUUCUGUGCCAGGGAUUCAAUUGGGAAUCUAAUAAAUCUGGAAGAUGGUACAAGGAGCUCUAUGAAAAGGCUGAAAAACUGUCCUCACUUGGUUUCACUGUUGUUUGGUUACCCCCGCCUACAGAAUCUGUGUCACCUGAAGGCUAUAUGCCAACAGAUUUAUAUAACUUAAACUCCAGAUAUGGCAGUUUUGAUGAGCUGAAAGUUCUUGUCAGUAAGUUUCAUGAAGUUGGUAUCAAAGUUCUUGGAGAUGUUGUUUUAAAUCACCGCUGUGCACAAUUUAAAAAUCAAAAUGGUGUUUGGAAUGUUUUUGGUGGUCGGCUAAAUUGGGAUGAUCGUGCAAUCGUUGCUGAUGAUCCACAUUUCCAGGGAAGGGGGAACAAGAGCAGUGGAGAUAAUUUCCAUGCUGCUCCAAACAUUGAUCAUUCACAAGAAUUCGUGAGGAGGGAUCUCAAAGAAUGGUUAUACUGGCUGAGGAAAGAAAUUGGGUAUGAUGGAUGGAGGCUUGACUUUGUUCGGGGAUUUUGGGGUGGCUAUGUCAAGGACUACUUGGAUGCCAGCGAGCCCUACUUUGCUUUAGGCGAGUAUUGGGAUUCACUUAGUUACACAUAUGGUGAGAUGGACCACAAUCAAGAUGCACAUCGGCAGAGAAUUAUUGACUGGAUUAAUGCCACGAAUGGAACUGCUGGUGCAUUUGAUGUUACAACAAAGGGAAUUCUUCAUUCUGCACUUGAAAGAUGUGAAUAUUGGAGGUUAUCAGAUCAGAAAGGGAAACCUCCAGGGGUUGUUGGGUGGUGGCCUUCUCGUGCUGUUACCUUUAUAGAGAAUCAUGAUACUGGUUCUACUCAGGGUCAUUGGAGAUUUCCAGGCGGAAAGGAGAUGCAAGGGUAUGCGUACAUCCUGACUCAUCCAGGGACACCGACCGUUUUCUAUGAUCACAUUUUCUCUCACUAUGAAUCUGAAAUUUCACAACUAAUCUCUGUCAGAAACCGGAACAAAAUCCAGUGUCGGAGUACAGUUCAAAUAACCAAGGCAGAAAGGGAUGUUUAUGCGGCAAUGAUUGAUGAAAAAGUGGCAGUGAAGAUUGGACCAGGGUAUUAUGAGCCCCCGAAUGACUCCCAAAAAUGGUCUUUAGCCGUUGAGGGAAAUGAUUACAAGGUCUGGGAAGCAUCAUAAGAAUCGCAGCAACUUUCUCUGUAUCUAAAGCUGUAAAAUAAUUAAAGAAUGUCUCCAUUCGAUCUACAUACUGAAUCGGAACUAAGGAGGACAGAACACUAAACUUAUUCAACAUUGAUGUUGGAGUUAGCGUCGACUUGCAGCUACCGGAUCUAUAUACAGUAUACAGAGGAUUGAGAACAAGAUGCCUAUGAAAAAAGGUUAGUCGAAAGCCAUCAUCAUGUUCAGUGAAGAAGUGGGAAGUGAAGAAAUUGAAAUUAAUUGUCCUUUCUUGUAAUUGUACUUUCUUGUAAUUGUACUUGCAUACUUGAAUUACAAUGCAAUAAACAUGAUUGAUCGCCCUACUAUAAUAGUUGCCAUAAACAAUGUAACAUUUUUCGAUAUAAGAAAUAAGAUUACUCGAUG